AUGAAAAGGGUUCAUGAAUCCAGACUGUUUCAGCUGUUUCUGUUUCGUUUCCUCAACUUUGGUUCUACUGAAGAACCAGAAAAGAUCGAGAUGAUGCCGCCAUUGGAGACAAGCUUUUCUUUCAAGAAUCUUGUUGAUCUUGAUGUUGAUCAAGAAAGGUUAUCGAGAAGUACCGGUGGCAUUAAUGGCUGCCAAUUAGGGUUUGUUGUUGGUGAUCAUGACGAUCAAAGGGCGCCAGUUAUCAUAAGCGAGCUCGACGCUGCAGCUCUUACGAUUCAGAAGUUCUACAAGAGUUAUCGAACUCGAAGAAAUCUUGCUGAUUGCGCGGUCGUUAUUGAAGAACUAUGGUGGAAAGCUUUAGAUUUCGCGGCUUUGAAACGGAGUUCGGUGUCGUUUUUCUGCAACGAUAAGCCCGAGAGCGCGGUUUCACGAUGGUGUCGAGCGCGUACCAGGGUUGCAAAGGUCGGGAAAGGCCUAUGCCAAGACAAAAACGCACAAAAACUAGCCAUUUGUCAUUGGCUCGAAGCGAUUGAUCCACGCCAUCGUUAUGGACACAAUCUACAGUUGUACUACAAUGUUUGGUUUACAAGUCAAAGCUCGCAACCAUUCUUUUACUGGUUGGAUGUGGGAGACGGUAAAGAAUUAAGUGUCGAAAAAUGCGCGAGAAACAUACUGCAAUAUCAGUGCAUUAAAUAUCUUGGACCUAAAGAAAGGGAAGAAUAUGAAGUCGUGAUUGAAAGUGGAAAAUUGUUGUAUAAACAAAGCCGAAGAUUUGUAAAAACUAUUGAGGGAACCAAAUGGAUCUUCGUACUUAGCACAUCAAGAGCCUUGUAUGUUGGCCAGAAGAAAAAAGGCCAGUUUCAACAUUCUAGUUUUCUAGCUGGUGCAGCCACCACGGCUGCGGGACGAAUGGUUGUUUAUGAUGGAGUUCUUGAGGCUAUAUGGCCGUACAGUGGUCAUUAUCACCCUACAGAAGAAAACUUCAAAGAGUUCAUUGGUUUUCUUGAAGAGCACCAAGUUGACUUGACGAAUGUUAAGAAAUGCCCAUUAGACGAUGAUGAUCCAUUUCUCAAUGCUACUCGGGAUGAGAACUCCAAGUCCAAUUUAAUAAGAGGAAAACCAUCUGUACAUGUUCAACCUUUCCAAACAGAGAGAUUGCCAAAGGAUACCAUUAAAGCUCGUCGUGAAAAAAUAGGGAUACAUGAUAUGGGAAAAGUGAAAUCACCAAGAUGGACAUCCGGGACAGGUCCCAGGAUCGGGUGUGUAAGAGAGUACCCAAUGAAACUACAAUGUCAGGCACUUGAACAAGUGAAUCUAUCACCUAGAAAGAUCAUGAUGGCUAACAGUUCAUUGUUUUCCAGCAACGGUCCAAUCCCUUCACCACGGCCAAGUCCUCGUGUCCACCUUUCACCUAGACUUGCCAACAUGGGCCGAAAUAACGAACACAACGCCUAA